GCUCUGCAGCAUAGGAACAAAGAAUUUCUGAACCAAUUUCUCUCUCUCUUCCGCUCUCUCUCUCUCUGGACACGUCGGCUGGCUCACGAGCAAUGGCGUGCCUAAGACCCCCUCGCAUUAAUGACAUUUACUACUUUGCCACUUACUCCUCUGCCACCUCCCUGUACAGCUCUCACUCUGGACUCCAGAAGCUCAACCACCAAGACCACUGUUCUAGGGUUAGGGUUUUCCUAUCCCGCCUUCUACGCUAUUGGUUCAGAUUUCGUCAACCUCGAAGAGCUCGUGGCAGAGGAGUGGGAAUAGUUCGUGUCUUCGUUGUGGGCUUCUCUUCUUUCAUAUAUAUAUCCAGAGGUAUUGAUAUUUGAGUUGGGAAUUUGCAGCGUGCUCCGAACUUUAUUUUGUUUGAAAUAUUUGAUCUGUUUUGAAAAUGACGGAUGGACGGAGGCAUUCUGUGGAUAUUCCCAUCUCAAGAACUCUAGUAGCACUGAGGAGAGUGAGGUCACUGAGGGAUCCGUCUACUAAUUCUAUGAGUAAAUUCUCCGCUUUGGUUGACAAUGUGAACUGGGAAACCGAUUCCAGUAAUGGGAUAUCUUUGCGGAUCACGAAUGAUUGCCAAGAAGGUGGCUCCGAUGGUGAUGGUGCUUUGAGAUCAAAGAAUUUAGGUUUAUAUGGACUUCAGGAGGAUUAUGUGGAUGAUUUUGAAUUAAAUUGCAGUUUGGGAAAAUCUAAGUUGAUCUCAUGUAAGGACUUGGGUUUGGCAGGGAAGACAGGCCCUUCGAGUAAGUCCCAACAGGUUGAAGGUUUGGACUAUUGUGCAUCAAAUCAGGAAGAGGCUUAUGAGAACAAACUAUUGAGUGAAAGAUAUUGUGACAAUCAUAGGGAUAUUGGAUUGGACUUGGCAUGCAUCGCACCCUCCAGCAAUCAUUUGGUGGAUGUUGAUUCAUGUAAUGAACAGAGUGUAGGAUCUCCACAAGCAGAAAAAGAGGAUCACAUUGUGUCAAAAAGGAAAUUGCAAUACGAAAAUCAAGUGAAAUCAUUUGGGGUGGAGGGUGAUGUUGCAAGUCGUGUGGAUUGUCCAUGGCCAUCUGUAAAUGAUGCUGUUUCAAGCCAUAGCCCAACAUUAUUUGCUAAUGAAGAUGUGGAUGUUGUAGAUCACAGUCAUCGUGGGUGUGGUAUAAGCUCCUGCUGGUCAAGGACUCCUAAAUUCAGGGAGUCAUAUCUUCCUUCUGAUGUAGAAGAACAUCCCUUGCUAUCUGGGGAUGUAGAUGGACCCGCUUUUUAUAAACUGAGGAACUUGAAACGCAUCAGUAAUGAAAUCACUCCACAUUCAGAAACUCCUAGGUGUUUGAGUCAGAAAUUCAGGCCAAAAUCUUUUAAUGAAUUGGUAGGACAAAAUGUAGUGGCAAGAUCUCUUUUGGGUGCCAUCUCUAAAGGUAGGAUAACAUCAUUUUAUCUCUUCCAUGGUCCUCGUGGUACAGGCAAGACCUCUGCUUCAAGGAUAUUUGCGGCAGCACUUAAUUGUCUUUCACUUGAGGAGCACAGGCCAUGUGGUCUCUGUCGAGAAUGUGUUCUUUUCUUUUCUGGAAGGAGUAGGGAUGUUAAGGAAGUGGAUUCUGUGAGAAUUAAUCGGAUGGACAGAGUAAGGUCCCUUCUUAAGAGUGCAGUCAUCCCUCCGGUUUCCUCACGGUUCAAGGUUUUUAUUGUUGAUGAAUGCCAUUUGUUGAACGGGGAAACAUGGGCAACUGUUUUGAAUAGCCUAGAUAGCCUUUCUCAACAUGUUGUCUUUGUAAUGAUCACUCCUGACCUGGAUAAGGUUCCCCGAAGUGCAAUGUCUAGGUCCCAAAGAUAUCACUUCCCAAAGAUAAAAGAUGCUGAUAUUGCAAGCAGAUUGGAGAAAAUUUGCAUUGAAGAGGGUCUGGACUUUGAUCAGGCUGCUUUAGACUUCAUUGCUUCUAAAUCCUAUGGUUCACUUAGGGAUGCAGAGAUGAUGCUUGAUCAACUGAGUUUGCUUGGUAAAAGGAUCACAAUGACCUUGGCCUAUGAGCUUAUUGGGGUUGUUUCUGAUGAUGAAUUGCUUGAUUUGCUGGAUUUGGCUUUGUCAUCCGACACUUCCAAUACUGUAAUAAGGGCCAGGGAACUGAUGAGAUCAAGGAUUGAUCCUAUGCAGCUUAUAUCGCAGCUGGCAAAUCUCAUUAUGGACAUUCUUGCGGGUAAAUGUCAGGAAGUUAGUUCUGAAGUCAGAAGAAAGUUUUCUACUCGGCAUACUUCUGAAGCGGACAUGCAGAAACUGAGUCAUGCAUUGAAAAUACUUUCUGAAACAGAGAAGCAAGUUAGGAUGUCUAAGAAUCAAACGACAUGGCUCACUGUAGCUCUUCUUCAAUUGAGCUGUAUGGAGUCUUUUUCCUUGGAUUCAAAGGAUUCAAAGUUAUGUUUGAGAAAUGUACAGGACCAAGAUGGUGAUUUUUGCAGUCUGUCUUCCAUAGGAGAGGGUGUCAAACAUCUUGUAACUUGUUCUUGUGAUGACUAUAUACCGCAUAAAUUGGGAAACCAUGAGGAUUGUAAAGGAACAUUGGAAUCCAUAUGGAAGAAAACUACAGACUUGUGCAAAUCCAAUUCACUCAAGAAUGUUCUAAGGAAACAAGGGAAAUUGUCUUCUCUUUGUGUUAAUCAAGGUCUUGCAGUCGCUGAAUUGGAAUUCCACCAUCCUGACUAUGCAUCUAAGGCUGAAAAGUCAUGGAAACAGAUUGCAAGUUUACUUCAGUUCAUUCUGGGUUGUAAUGUAGAGAUCAGGAUCAAUCUUGCACCUUGUGCUUCUGGUCCAAAGUAUGCAAAAGCGAGGAAGGCAUCUUUCAAAUUUUUUAGUUGUUCACGCAGAAUGCAGCAGAAGUCACAAUCAGCCACUGAACGUGGAAGUGAUUCAGAACUUUCUGAUUACACCUCCGAAAAAGCAAUGAUAAGAGAUUGGCCUAUUUUAACUUCCACCUCCAAUGGGGGUUCUCAAAUGCCACAUAACUGCUAUCACAGAGCAGAGAUGGUAAAGACUUUGAGAGAUAGUGAAGGAAAUUCACUGAGCACAGGGACAACCUCAUCCCACAGAUCCUUACAGAAUGAUAUGCCAAAGAUGCCUAUGUUAGGAGUUGACUCGUCAACAGAAGAGGGAAGCAACCAUAUAAAUCGGGUUUUAUCCAUUCAAGAACCAGAGGAUCAGCCAAGUUGUUUCGCAAGAACGCUAAGACUUCAAAAGAAUUUGCAUUCUUCAGACUCUUCUCAGAUGAUCUGUUUGGGCAUCAAAAAAGGAAACAAUGUUGCAUUGUCUAUGCCCGGUACAUCAUCUUUUGCAACUUAUAUCUCUGCCCGCGAUCCUAAUGUUUUCUGCAGCAGCUCUAACAACUAUUCUAGAAGCUCUGGAGAUGAUAACGGACUGAGGGACAACUCAGAUGUGCUUUGUUGGAGAACACCUACAUUUCCUCAAAAGAAGGCCUGGCAACCAAGGCAUUUACGACGAGGUUCCCACUUGGUGGAGUGGGUUCUUACCUGUGCCACUGCUAAGUAGUAGUUCUGCUAUUUUGGACAGAUCACAAUACUUUUUAAUGUCUCCGCAGUAGCUUCUUAGAAAUUAAAUCUUGCUCAUUCUUGAAGUGCAUAUUGCAAAUCCUUUUUAUUGUAAAUGUUCUAAGCGAGCUCACUUAUGGAGCAACAAAAUAUACAUAGCUAACAAGUGCUGAUUACGUUUGUCAUGUACUGCACUUAAUUUCAUUUUGUAGAACAUAAAGAAAUAGUGAUCCAUCCUAAGGUACUAAUAUAGCAUGUUUCAAUUGCAAAUGGUGAGUAAUGUGAGACAUUGUUAUUGUUUA